GCGGAGACUCACCAGGCAGACGACAGCACUCUGCUCAAAAACAGCCAUGCGGCAUCAUGGUGUGCCCCGCAUUGCACUCGUGGGGCUUUUGGCUACCCACUGUUGUCAAGCGUUCCUGUUGUCAACACCUUCGACGGUAAAGGGGUUGAACGUACGACGCAGCUUUGGCAAUGUAAUGAUGUCAUGGUGGCGAGGCGGCGACGUCGGUCAGCGGAAGAAUGCUGGCGCCAGCAGUAGAGGAGUGCUUACGCCCAAGAGCCGUGUCAAGCUAGGAGACUUGUCGGUAUCUCCCAUGGGCCUCGGGACUUGGGCUUGGGGAAACAAAGUGGUUUGGGGCUACGAAGAUGCCAUGGACGCGGAGCUCCAGGAAGCGUUCAACCUUUGCGUCACGGAGGGUAUUAAUUGGUUUGAUACGGCAGACAGCUACGGGACCGGCAAGAUUGUAGGCCAAGCAGAGAGGCUCCUGGGCAAGUUUGUCAGGGAGUACCCCGGCAGCGACAAAAUCCGCGGAGACCUUCAAAUAGCCACCAAGUUCGCCCCCUACCCGUACAGGGUUGGAAGCCAAUCCAUCGUCAAGGCGUGUGACGAGACACUCGAGCGUGUGGGGGCUGAUUCAUUGGGCGUGGGGCAGUUGCACUGGGCGCCACCUUUGGGGUGGCAGGAAGAGGCCUACUGGACCGGACUCGCUCAACUCAAGGCGGAUGGCCGCAUUGGUGAGGUAGGCCUGAGCAACUACGGGCCGAAGGGGGUGGCGCGGGCGCACAGGUUCCUUGCUGGGCUUGACACCCCGCUGGCCAGCAAUCAGGUUCAAUUCUCCUUGAUUUCGAGAUAUCCCCUUGACAACGGGCUCCUGGAGACGGCCAAGUCUCUCGGGGUCACAAGCAUCGCCUACUCUCCAUUGGGGCUGGGGUUGCUCACGGGGAAAUACAACGCGGGCAACAUCCCCUCCGGGCCGCGAGGCAUCAUAUUCCGCCGCGUGCUACCGACGAUGAGCCCGCUCCUCUCCACCAUGGGCGAGAUCUCGAGCGCCCGCGGCAAGACCAUGUCGCAGGUGGCACUGAACUGGUGCGUGUGCAAGGGCACCGUCCCAAUCGUAGGGGUCAAGACGCUCGCGCAGGCGCGAGAGAACCUGGGGGCCCUGGGAUGGAGCCUGUCGCCCGAGGAGGUGGAGGGGCUCGAUGCCGCAGCGAAGAGGAUCAAGAAGCAGUCCGUGCAAAAUAUUUUCCAGUCCACAUGAGAAAGAAAUCCCGCGUGUGACCACUGAUAACGUCGAACAGAUCCACCCAGAGAUGUGUGGUGACUGACGCCAGAAUAAAUGGGAGAAACACACGUGAUGGUGUCGGUUUGAAUAAUUUGUACUUGUGGUAUUCCCUCUGCGUGAUGUGCGAUAGAAACAUUUGCAUGCGUGCUGGCAUUUGUUUUUCAGACUUGCCGUGCUCUUGUGUGUUUUCUUCAGACUUUGUUGUAUGUGUUUUUUUCCCCUGCUGGGUUGUGAUUGUGAUUGCAACUCGACGAGUAUCGUCGCGUUGCCU